AUGGCGUCAGUGGCAAUGAGCCUGUCCACGAUGACACCGGGCAUGCUGAGGCCCGCGGGACACCAGAAGCCCUUCUUGCCCAUUGCAUCAGACCGUGGGUCCCAGGGACCCUCAGAAGCGUUCCCUUCUCAAGGGGUGAGCAUCAUGGUGGAGGGGUGCCUGGGCACCGGCCUCGCCUCCAUGCUGGCCGUGGCUGCGGCCAAGGCCGAGGACGCCAACAGCGUCACCUCCUCGCGCAUGUCCUACUCCCGCUUCCUCGAGUACCUGGACAUGGGGCGUGUGAAGAAGGUCGACCUGUACGAGGGCGGCACCAUCGCCAUCGUGGAGGCGGUGAGCCCCGAGCUGGGUAAUCGGGUGCAGCGCGUCCGUGUGCAGCUUCCCGGCACCCCGCCAGAGCUGCUGACCAAGUUCAGGGAGAAGAAGGUGGACUUUGCAGCCCACACGCAGACCGAGGACGGCGGCAGCCAGAUCCUGGGCCUGCUGGGCAACCUCGCCUUCCCCCUGCUGCUGUCCAAGGCGCGCUUCCAGAUGGAGCCCAACACCGGCAUCAACUUUGCCGAUGUGGCCGGCGUGGACGAGGCCAAGCAGGACUUUGAGGAGGUGGUGGAGUUCCUGAAGAAGCCGGAGCGCUUCACGGCCGUGGGCGCCCGCAUCCCCAAGGGCGUGCUCCUGGUCGGGCCCCCAGGGACGGGCAAGACGCUGCUGGCCAAGGCCAUCGCCGGCGAGGCCGGCGUCCCCUUCUUCUCCAUUGCCGGGUCUGAGUUCGUGGAGAUGUUUGUGGGCGUGGGCGCGUCGCGCGUGCGCGACCUGUUCAAGAAGGCCAAGGAGAACGCGCCCUGCAUCGUGUUCAUCGACGAGAUCGAUGCGGUGGGUCGGUCGCGCGGCACCGGCGUUGGCGGCGGCAACGACGAGCGCGAGCAGACGCUGAACCAGCUGCUGACGGAGAUGGAUGGCUUCGAGGGGAACGCCGGCGUGAUCGUGGUGGCGGCCACCAACCGCGCCGACAUCCUGGACUCGGCCCUCCUCCGCCCCGGCCGCUUCGACCGCCAGGUGUCGGUGGACGUGCCCGACCAGCGCGGGCGCCUGGCCAUCCUGGGCGUGCAUGCGCGCAACAAGAUCCUGGGCCCCGACCUGGACCUGAAGGAGGUGGCGCUGCGCACGCCGGGCUUCUCCGGGGCCGACCUGGCCAACCUGCUGAACGAGGCGGCCAUCCUGACGGGGCGGCGCAACAAGGAGGCCAUCACCCAGGCCGAGAUCGACGACAGCAUCGACCGCAUCGUGGCGGGGAUGGAGGGCACGCCCAUGACCGACGGGCGCAGCAAGAUGCUGGUGGCCUACCACGAGGUCGGCCACGCCGUGACAGCCACGCUCACCCCGGGCCACGACCCGGUGCAGAAGCUGACCCUGAUUCCCAGGGGCCAGGCCCGCGGUCUGACCUGGUUCAUCCCAGGUGAGGACCCCACCCUGAUCAGCAAGCAGCAGAUCUUUGCCCGCAUCGUGAGCGCGCUGGGCGGGCGCGCCACCGAGGAGGUGGUCUGGGGCUCGGCUGAGGUGACCACCGGCGCCUCCUCCGACCUGCAGCAGGUCAGCAACAUGGCGCGCAGCAUGGUGAUCAACUACGGCUUCAGCGAGAUCGGGCCCUACUCGCUGCAGGACCAGGCCGCGCAGUCGCCCGACAUGAUCAUGCGCAUGAUGGCCAAGAACUCCAUCAGCGAGAGCCUGCAGCAGCGUAUCGACGCAGCGGUGAAGGACAUCGCGGCGCGCGCGUACGAGGAGGCGCUGCGCCACAUCCGCGACAACCGUGCAGCCAUGGAUAAGGUGGUGGAGGUGCUGCUGGAGCGCGAGACGAUGAGCGGCGACGAGUUCCGCGCCAUCCUGGCCGAGUACGCAGAAAUCCCCGACGAGAACCUGGAGGCGGUACGGCAGCAGAAGGCGCAGCCCGAGCCCGUGCUCAGCUGA